CAGACAGAAAUGUUGGAAAUCCCUCGUCUGCAUCUCCAUGCGCUUGUUCUGAGAAUGGGAUCAUAGAACACCCCUCUUGGACCCAGCACAACUUUCAGCAUGUUGCAGCCUCCCUCUGGAGCAGGCGACCGCCUGUUGGAGUCGUUGGCCCACAGGGAUAAGUUUCAGAGAUGGGUUGUGUUCUUCUCCCUCUGUGUGGCAGCCCUUUGGCCUCCUGAGGCGAAGGGAUCCACGCUGAACUGCCAUAAGACGUGCAUCUGCGCCUCCAACAUAGUCAGCUGCUCCAAGAUGAACCUGUCCGCCAUCCCCGUCGGUCUGCCGCACUACAUGGCGGUGUUGGACCUCAGCUACAAUGAGAUACAUUCGCUCAAAUCGGAUUGGACCACGGUCAAGCUUCCGAAUCUCCACAACCUCCUGCUCAGCCACAACAACCUGCAUUUUCUUUCGUCGGAGGCGUUCGUAAACGUCAAGCACCUGCGCUACUUAGACCUGUCGUCCAACACGCUGCAGCAGCUGGACGAGUUCGUUUUCGAGCCUCUGGUCAACUUGGAGGUCCUCUUGUUGUACAACAACCAAAUUUCCCAGAUCGAACGCUCAGCGUUUGUUACCAUGAUCAACCUUCAGAAGCUCUACCUGAGCCAGAACCAGAUGUCCCGCUUUCCCGUGGAGCUGAUCAAAGACAGGUUCCACCCAGAAAAGCUCAGCCUCCUGGAUGUGUCCUCCAACAAAAUCAAGAAGUUGCCCCUGGAUGACCUUCAGGCACUGCCCGCCUGGCUGAGAAAUGGCCUCUACUUCCACAACAACACUUUGCACUGUCACUGUGAUCUGUACACACUCCUGGCUCACUGGGAAAUUCAAAAGCUGAAUCCCGUCGUGGACUUUAAGGUUAACCACACGUGCAUCAUGGCUGAUCCACAAAAAUCCCAAGUUAGUGUUUUUAGUCUGUGCGGAGAAAUUAUGAACUGCAGYACAUUCAAGGAGGCAGACGAAGAGGCUUUUCUGGAGCAGACAAUAAUCCUUAAAUGUGACACCAAACACAGGAACGUGGUGAAGACUUGGACGAUUCCUGAUAAUGUGUUGGUGACGUCUGAAAGCAACCAGACGGCAAAGGUUCUGUUAGAUGGGAGCCUGCAGAUCAGUCCGGUGAGGUACGAGGACUCUGGGACCUACACGUGCUUUGCUACAAGYGAGGCCUUCAAUGAAACUAUCUAUGUGGUGCUGAAGGUUCACAACUUUACCAUGCACGGUGCCGGGGAGACUUUGAACACAGCGUACACCACGCUGGUCGGCUGCCUGGCCAGCGUGGUGCUGGUGCUCAUGUACCUGUACCUGACACCCUGCCGCUGUUUCUGCUGCCCUAACAAGGGCAAGGCUCGAGGCGAGGACAGCAUUCACUCCUCCAUGCUCAGCGUCACUCCCACCCACGGGGACCCGGUACUUAAAGCCGAGCUGAACCGGCACGUGGCGUUCAUAGACUCCAAAGAUUCRCAGGGCCAGAACGGGAAGCUGAACCCCAAUGGGGAUGAGGACGAGGACGAUCAGGACGCGGAGGCUGCUCUAAUGAGGGGGAAGAGAAAGAAAUCAGUAGCAGAGUCCAUUAGCUCCGUCUUCUCAGACACACCGAUGGUGGUUUAAGAUGGGAGGAUAAAUGUAAUUUGAUUUGCUGUGAAUGACACGACGUGAGCCAUGAUAUCUCUCCUGUAAACUCUUGACUGCGACCGUACCCAGGAGAUCAGCAGAGGGGGCGCUCAUCUGUAGUUUCUAGCAACUGGAACACAGAGUCUCAAAGGGAUUUCAAAACAAACUGUUCUGUUGUUAAACAGGACAACGAGCAGUAUGUUUCCAGCAUUUUAAUUUGUAGCAAUUACUAUUCAUACUGUGAAGGAACGGCAGUGGAAAUGGACAAACAACCUUAUGUGAGCAAGAGAUGUAGUUAUUAACAGCACUCAGGAAGUGACUUAGAUAACGAAAAUUUGAGAAAUGCACAGGUUUAAUAUUUUUUAAAAAGACAGCCAUUUGSUUUAGAUUCAAACCUCUUAUAUACAUGUAACAUGAAAGAUCUGCAUCCUAUAUAGAGCAUAGAAACCCCUCCUCUAUUCCCACAAGAACAGACUGCCAUCACCAGGCUGUGAGUAUACACAACGUUCACCUAGAGUUAUAUAUAGUCAAACAGCAUGCCAUAAAAAUACAUUACAUGAGGUYCUAACCUAAUAAAAUACAAUCGAGGUAAAGGAAACAUGAAUUUCUCUGAUGAAGUCAUAUCAUCCUGAUAAAUAGUUGAUUCUAGCCAUAUUAAACAGCGAUCGUACGUUAAGGGAUACAUUGACAUACAGUAAAUGUAUGGUACAACCUGUGUAUCAGAACAGUUUUCCUGUCAUUACAGCACAUCUACAUUCAAACCCAACAGAAACCUUUCCAGCCUUGCACAAUUAAAGUCUCCGGCAGACGCAUGUAAGGUGUGAGGAGGUAUUUUGUUUUGACUAAUUAUCAACAUAUCGUCUCAGUCCUGUAAACAGAGAGACACCAGAGUCCUUACAAGGACCAGAUUGGAUCCUGGCUGUUGUCCACUGAGGUGCCACUUGCUGUGAAAUUUGCCUCUUGUCCCAGUUAUAACGUCACUUUCUGUCAGCAGGGUGUUAAGCUCCAAAUUAAAGCUAAAAAUGUGCUUUAUUUGGUUUGUUCUGCAUAGAAAAACAGCAGACGUUCCUGAUGUGCCCAUUUUUUUUCUAGUUUCUUAUAACCAACUUGUAUUCAGACACCAUAAAUAAGAAGAUGUAAGAUCCUGCUCAGUGAAUAGUUCAUCAGUUCACUAGUAAAACAUAGGCCUUUCCCCCCUCCUGCCAUUAGAAGAUAAUUUAUUUCAUUUUAGUAUGGAAACAUUAAGAGUCUGAGUGACUAUGAAACCAUAAUGGUUUCUUGUUGAAAAUAAGCUCGUGAAUAAUAAUAAUAACACAUGUCCAUUACUGGCGAGAAAGAGCUGCUUUGAGCACUGUAGCUUCAGAUGGGAAAUAUUUCCACAGAAUUUCAGAAGUGAUUCUUUCUGCCUCAGUCGAGAUCGUUCAAUUUACUGUAGAGUUAAUUUACCAUGCAAAGACGCCUGGUGCGCUGCGCAAGUGUUCUUCGUCGACAAGGAGCACCUUGGCUGAAUCCUGAAAAAUGGCGAUUUCAUCAAACUGUGCGACGUUUGUGUCACAACACAAUACCUGACAUAAAUGCUGAUUGCACCUUUUGAUAGGAGGUAGCUUUCUUUUGCUUUCCCGUGUCUCUCUGAGCUGGAGGGGAUUGAUGUGUUGUCAUGAGUCACGGCGAAACAAAGGCGUCCGUGUAUACUGACAGGCCCAGUUCAGCCCAGAUGUGUUUGCUUUGUUUCUGUUUCUCUGUCAUCAUGACGCUGGCCUUUCUUGAGUUCAAAAGCAAUCGCUCAACCAGGCAAUGAAUGCCAUGCCCUUUAAGUAGCCUGCAAUUUGUUGUUGGGGGGGCUUUUAUUGAGCAUUUGCUCCACAGCUGAGUCAUACGGUUGGAUGGAUGAGCACUACACCAGCUUUGUCACGUUGUUUGAGUUCACGUUCAAAAGUUUCAAACGACGAUCGUAAGAACGCCCCAAUUAGAUCAAAACCACAUCUCGCAAAUAAAAUUCAAUUUACACGUUUAUAGGUGCAAUAUUUUUUUACGCAAAAAAAAAAAAACUGGUGGAAUAUUCACAGUUGCUGCGCGCACCGCAGCAUCUCCUGUGUGGGUGAGAAAAGGAAGUCACACUUGUCAAGAGAAGGUGGUGUGUGUGAAUCAUUUCAUUUCUGUCACACACUGAGAUACCAGGUGGAGAAAUAUAGACAGCAGCAACUAAAUAAAAUGAAAAUACAGAGAUGCAUUUGAAUAAUGCCACAUUUAGCUCCAGGCGACACAGACUGAUUGCAUUUUAUUUGAGCAGACAUUGAUUUUUUUCUCAUCACAUCUCAAAGGUGCGGUCAGUCAGACAGCGGCGGGAAUCACAACCAGAUUUUGUGGCUUUAGAGUAGCACGUUGAAUUACCCCCCAUCAUUGUGUGUUUUCUUGCAGGAACACCGCGUCGGUCCAAUAAAACCUGCUGUGGCUGGUUAGUGUUCCACUCCUCUGUGUUGUCACUCACGAUACAUGUUGUACUUGUGUAUAGUGAUAAACUAAGUGCUCCUACAAAGGUAGAGGAGAACGGUGACUUUGUUUUCUCCAAAGCAAAUCUGCCUUCCUGUAUAUUUAUAUUAACAACAUAUAUAUAUACACAUAUAAAUAUACAUUUAUUGAUGCUCACUUUCUGUGUUUAGUAUCGAGUAGCUGUUCUAUCAGUGUACUGACUGUACUCUUAAUGUAUAUUGCUGUUCAUUUUGCAUUUCGUCGGCCACUGCGCUGUUAGUUGUUUCGACGUUCAAGUCUUGUUAUCAAUGUUUUUUAUUGAAAUGGGGUCAAUCUUUCACUUUGACUGAUAAAGCAAAUAUAAUUAGAGAGAAUCCAGUUGAGUUGUUUUAGAAAAUGGCAUGGAAAGAGUGCCAUUUAAGAAAAAUAAAGAGGCAUCCUGAUGGGCAGUGAGUAUUGUAUGUAGCUACUUAGAUAAUACACUGUCAGUAUUUGACUUUGCUCAAAAAGCCAUAAGAAAUGAAAACACAGUGCUUUAAACUGCUGCGUUCACUGACGUGUGGAGCUGUGGGGACAGGGAAAUUGUAGAUUUCUCCCUGUAAAUUUAUUAAACAUGAAUGGGUUCAUAUGGCUUUAUUAGAUAGAGGGUAGAUCUCAGGAUUAUGUCAAUUCUAGAAGUUGUGAACUCACUGGUUGCUUUUUAAAAUUUUUCAGUUACAGUAUAAGUUGGUUUUAAGAUCUGGUCAUUUGUUCCCUCACAGUGGUGAUACGUUUAUCCAGAUCUAAAAGAAAAGAUAAAAAGGAUGUUCUUUAUCUCCACCCCCCUCAUUCAUUUAGAAACGAAAGAGCAAUUAAGGAAACAGCCCUGAGGUGAUGAGGCUAAGAGCUUUUCGGCUUUAACAGAGAGCUAUGACAGACGUCCACACGGACAAGAAGGAAGCUUUAAACAGAAAUGAAAGCACUGUGUUUAUUGACCAUAACUUUACAGAUGAGGUGGUUAGUUGCUGCCAUAAAGACAUAUAAAGGCCUCAUAGUUAAAAGAAUAAUGGCUUUGCAUGGUAUGCUUACAAGCUUCAGGAUAGGUGCAAACCAGUAGGCAUUCAAAGAAAAACACAUACUAUCAUUUUACCUAAUAAAAACUGAAGAAUUAUGCUUGUCUUGUCUUAAUUUGUAUUAUAAUCUGUCAUGAUUCCUUAAAGCAAAUACUUAAACUGUUAUAUGAUUAUGUUAAUACAGCUGACAGAUACAGAAUUAUCACUGUGAGAAAUAUUAAACUGGUUUAAACUGA